ACUUUCGCAUCAUUCACGUUCAUCAGCCUCGUCAGCUGAAUCCAUCUCGUAAGUGAUCGUGUUCAAAAGUGAUGGCUUUGCCAUGUUAGUUCGUCUUAUGCAUUGUUCAUUUACAAACAUUGAUUAUCAGAACUGUGGAGUUGAACAGUGUCAUGGCAUGACUUUCCAGUAGGUUUUGACCCACCAAUUUUUUUUUUCUGCCUUUCUUUUCAGUUUGCUGUGUAUUGCAAGGAGACACGGAAUCAUAUACUCGAAAUGUUGUGAAUUUUCAUAUGGUUCAUUUCCUGUCGGCUUGAAUUUGCUUUUAUGAGUUUUAGGGUCUCCUUGUAGGCUCAAUCAUGUUCCUGCAAUGUUUGAUACUUUGCUCAGAAGAAGCUUUCAAGCACACACGAUAAUCUGCUGGAGAUUUUACUGCUCUUUGGUUGUCAAAGGGUUGACUUUGCUCUUUCGUAGUAACCAUUAUGGUAAUAACUUAACGAGAUUGCUUUGUCAAUCUCAUUAAUAUCAUCUCUUGGUCAGCUGAAUCCAUGUGGCAUAUGUUGAAAGAGAUUGCUUCUUGUUUGUCAAUUCCCUCAAAGGCGACAAUACAUUUACUUCAAAUAUGAAAAUCCUGUUGAGUGAUCCAAGAAGUGGAGACAUGCUUGCUUUUGGUUAGUUUCAUGGCCAUCUUUUUUCUUUUUUCUGUAAAAUUGGGUGCACCUGCACGCUAUCAGCAAGGGGAUCUCCGAUGAUUGUUUCGUGGGACUAAUUGAAGGAAGUUUAUCUGUACCCAAGCACAUUAUUGGACUUCAUUCAUAGAUGGGUUGUUCGUCGAUUUUGGGCGUAGAAAUUGCCCACUGCGGAUCUUAUAUUUCCGGGAAUAUGUCUUAUGAUGGCGGGUUUGAAUCUUGAUUUAUUUUGAUACUUAGUAUGACUGUACGAAGGAUGAUGCAUCUGCAAAAUGGUUUGGGACAUAAAUUUUCUCUGGCUCCUGAGAAUGACCCACUCUCGAGAUAUAGUAUUUGAAUGCAAGUGAAUUGCCAGGAUUUCUUUCAAGUUCUACUUAAAGUACUUUUCCUCUGCUAUAGUUCUGUAACGAUAGUUUCCUUUAUGUGGUUGAAGGUGGCUUAGCAGAACGCCCGUUUUAUGAUAGUUCCUCCAGGAAUCCCGAAGAACUCGCAAGGCAAGAGAUGGAAAGCAUUCUGGAUGAGUACAUUCACAUAUGUGACCAAGCAAGGGUUCAGGCCAGGAAAAGAUACAUUGAGAUGCAAGAUAUAGGAAAAGGGAUUGUGGAACUCAUCGAGCAGCAUGCCAUCACGAAGCUUGUCAUGGGAGCAGCUGCAGACAGACACUAUUUGGAGGGGAUGCAACUCACAUCCAUGAAAGCCAAAUUUGUAAACCAGCAUGCGCAUCCAUCUUGUCAUAUUUGGUUUGUCUGCAAUGGGCUCCUAAUUUGCUCAAGGGAAGGUGAUUUGAAUACUUACGAUAUGGACGUCACACCAACAUUACCAGGUAGUUUUGUUGUUGAAUCUGGACUACAAAAUAUAAGGAGUCCUCCUCUUAGUUCGCUUCAUUCAAGAUCCAACUCUAGUGAAGUCGAAGAUGAUCUAGCUUUGGUUCGGUAUGAAACGGGUGAGGGGAGCAACCAUAUGACUGAAUCAAGUUCAGUGCGUGCACAUGAAGGCUACAGUCAAAAUCAAAGUUAUACUGGAAUGGAAGGAAGUUAUAGCGAGGAUCUCUACGAGCAACUUGACCAAGCAAGGAAAGAAGUUGAACGUGCAAAACGGGAGGCACUGGAAGAGUUGAUCCGGCGUCAGAAAGCUGAGAAAACAGCAAAUGAGGCUUCCCGCAAGCUUAAAACACUUGAAAAUGUUUACAAUGAGCAGCUGAGAUGGAGGAAAGAUCUUGAGGAAUUGCUACCAAAAGAAAAGGAAGCAUUCGAAGUGCUGAAGAAACAGCAUGAGGAACUGCAGAUGCUGAAUGAGGAACUAUUGGCUAGCCAAACAAGCGAACCCUCCAGUGCACGUAGAGAGGAGUUCAUUUCUGUGUUUUCGUUCUCCGAUAUAGAGGAAGCUACCCAGAGUUUUGAUCCAUCAUUAAUGAUUGAGGAAGGGGAGUAUGGGAGCACAUACAAAGGUUCGCUUCAUCACACGCAAGUGGCCAUAAAGAUGCUGCACCUCUCCAACUACCAUCAUGAGAUUCAAGUUGCGACUAAGUCAAGGCAUCCUAAUUUGGUAAGCCUCAUUGGCGUCUGCCCCGAUAUUUCUGCUGCCAUUUAUGAGUACCUCCCAAAUGGCAGCCUUGAAGACCAACUCAGAGCCAGGGACAGCAGCAACCAUCUAUCUUGGCAAACUCGAAUACAUAUUUGUGCAGAUACAUGUGCUGCGCUUAUGUUUCUUCAUUCUUGCUAUGGUCUGGUACAUGGCGAUCUGAAACCGGGAAAUAUUCUUCUUGACUCCAACUUCGUGGCCAAAAUAACUAACUUUGGAUUGCAUUCUGCUUCGUCUCAUUCCCCCACGACAGGAGAAUUGUCUUUUGCCUCUGAUGUUUAUUCAUUUGGUGAUGUGUUACUGCGUUUACUGACUGGGAGAGCGGCCCUGAACUUAGAUGAAGUGAUGCAAAAUGCCUUAGAUGUAGGGCAUUUAAGUGCCCUGUUGGAUCCUACAGCAGGGCAGUGGCCAUUCGAGCAAGCCAAGGAGCUGGCUCACCUGGCAUUAAGUUGCCGUGACAUUGAUAGCACUAAUCGACCAUGUCUUAGGUCACAGGUGUGGCCAGUACUUGAAAGGAUGCGAACCUGUUGUGAAGCCUCAUUAUCCAGUCGGUCUGGUCCAGAAGAGCCUGGCCAGCCUCCUCAAUAUUUCACUUGUCCCAUCUCCCAUGAAAUUAUGCAAGAUCCUCAUGUGGCAGCAGAUGGUUUUACUUAUGAAGCAGAGGCAAUAAGGUUCUGGCUUAGCGGCCAUGAUACUUCGCCCAUGACGAAUCUUCAGCUUCCAAACUGUGAGCUCUUCCCGAAUCAGACUCUCCGUUCAAUGAUUCAAGAGUGGCUGCAAAACCAUUGAACCUUUAACUUUGGCAUCGAAUUGUAUCAUAGGCGUUUCAGUGUCUAGGUCUUGGGUAUCGGUUUGACCACCUCGCACUUACGGUCUGUACAUACCAUGAGUGGAUUUCUUAAGUGUGCAUAUGCUACGAAAUGUGUUUAAAAUUGCAUGAAAUCUAUUUCAACUGCAUCUCUAUAUCAUGGAAUUUAACCACAAUCUGGUUA